AUGCCUCGCGAUUAUUCGCCCGUAGACAGCGAUGCUGACAUUGACCAAACACCAGUACGCCGAUUUAGACUCAGGAAAGACGGAGUAGCGCGUGCAACAUCUCCUUUAUCCCCAACACAAUCUCCUGGGCCAGAUAACCUGGACAGGGCAAUGCAACAGUUUCAAUCUUCUUUCAACACAACACCCCUUGGAUCACGAAUGAGCGCGUCUAGUGCUCAAAACAAUGCGCCGAUCGCGUCUCCAACGCCACAACGCCAUGGUUCAGUUUCGUCCAGUA